AUGGACGAAGAACCAGGAAUAAGGACAAAUACUACAAUUUGUCUUGGAAAAAUAAGUAAAUAUUUGAAUGAUAGUACAAAGAAGAAAGUGCUUGUGCCUGCCUUUACGAGAACAUUGCGAGACCCGUUCCCGCAUGCUAGAGUCGCGAGUUUGAUGGCUUUGGCUGCAACGUCAGAAUAUUAUGAUGCAACUGAUUGUGCAACCAAGUUAUUACCUUGCGUGUCAUUAGUAUUGGUAGACAAAGAAAGGCCUGUUCGAACACAAGCUUUCAAAACUGCCGAGACAUUUAUAAAGCGAUUAGAGAAAUUGACCGAGUCAAUGCCCGAUACAGCUAUACCUGACCCAAAUUCCACCGAAAAUUCGUCGUCGUUAGCUGUCGCGGGUAGUGUUGCUGGAGCCGCAGCUAGUGUUGCGGAAAGUUGGGCAGGAUGGGCAGUCACAUCUAUAACAAAAAAGAUUGCUGGAUCAGGAAUGGAAGGUGAAAUUACUGCACCUACAAGUGUGACAGUUGAUGCGCCAUCUACACCUACAAAAGAUAAAAUGGGAAGUGAACACUUGUCUCCAAGUUUAAGCACAAAAAAUGCUUUUCUCGUGGACCAAGCUGAUCCCGAUACUUCAAAUGGAUGGGAGAAUGAAGAUCAUUUGGUUACCGUUGAUAAUUUAACCAAGAAUGAUUGGGCGCAUCUUACAGAUGGAUGGGAUUUGGAUGAUUCAGAUUGGGGUAAUGGUGAUGGAUGGGAUAAUAAUUGGAAUAGCUCACGGCCAUUAUCGACUGCUUCAAGCAAAUCAACAAGUUCUAUACAUAAAUCUCCAACCACUUCUAAUGUAUUAUCGAAAGAGGAAAAGGCUGUCGAACUUAAUAAAAAGAGAGAGGAGAGAAAACAAAGAAUGGCAGAAUUAAGAGAACAAAAGAAAAAGAGUAAUGGACUCGGUGCUAAAAAAAUAUAA